AUCUGAGUUUUAAAAAUCUGUUUAGUUUUAAAAAAUCUGCCAACGUAGACAACCAAACGAAAAACGAGAAACAGUAGUGAAAAAUAACAAAUAUUUUUUUUUAAAUUUUAAAAAAAGAUAUUGGAAAUUUGCAAAAAGUUGAAAAAAAAAAAUCAACAUUUAUAGUUUUCAAUAAUAUUUAAAUAUCCUAAAAGUGUUAUAGUGCUAGUUGAAAAAUAACAUAAAUAAAAUUUAAUUGGAUACACAUACGACCUUUGGGCCUGAUAUUUUUGGUGAUAUUUGGUUUUUGGUUCUAUAAAAAUCGCUGUAAUCUGCGCAUACAAACACCACCAGAAUUGGAAAAACAUCUGCAAUUGGUGCAGCAACGUAUAAUUGAAUUUAGACAAACUAAACCAACAAUGUUUUGUGCCAUAGCUUCAGGAUGUUUGGCAGCUUUGGCUGUAGUGGGUCAUUUGGUAUCCGGGUCUAUGGUGGUAUUGACGGGUUUAAUAGUAGCGGCCAUAAUAUCAACAAAAUAUAAUUUUAAAAUAAUAAAAAUUGAACCAAAAGAUCUAGAUUUUGCCUGGUCCGAAAAGUUACAACAACACGACUAUGAACUAGAUGAUGAAUUUAUGCCCGAGGUAAAUGAAAGCAAUUUAUUUGUUUUGGAAAGAGCUAGUGAUUUGGCCUCUCUAACAUUGCCAACCGAAGAUGGCGAUAAUGAUGAGGAUAAAAGUGAUGAAAUACCUUCAGAACUCUUGAUACCAGAUUCUAUACCAGAAAUCGAUGAAAAUUCCACAGAUGAUGAACAAGAUGAUUUACUACCAGUGGUGCAGGUGUCAAAAUCAGAGACACAUAUUAAGAACUCCCUACCCGCCUCAGAUGCGUCAGUUAAAUACUCGCAGUCUGAAGAUACUAUAGAAUUUAAAAAGGGUCACUUUAAGCGUGACUCCUCACUAUCGACCACUUCUUCAUCGUCGGAGGAAAGUCUUUCGAAAGGCCUACAAUUCCCCGAUCACACCGCCGUUGAUGGUCCCUCAAAGUCUAGGACUUCAUCUUCAACAGUGGUGGCCAGACCUGGUGCAGCGGGGCAACUAGAGGCCAAUGAUUUAGUGGCCAUGGCUGUUAAGUCCCAAACUCAAGCUUUUCUGGCUAAUAGCAGUAAACUGAUACCUACCCUUAUGUCGGGUUUGGUUCAGGGAGUUUUGGGCGUAGGUGCUGGUGGUAUUCCCACACAAAGUGGUCCUAUACACGAUUCUACACACAGACGUCUUGUCACCGCUUUAGAUUCAUCCGAUGAAAGUGAUUUUGAGAUAUUAGAAGAGGAAGAUUGUCAAUAAUUUGUAUUACAUGGUCGCCACCAGAAGAAAUUUAUGAUAGAAAUGGUAGAAAAGAAAGAAGAAAACAUUUAGAAUUUCAACACAAGAAAAAAAACUCAAUUUAUUAUGUAACCAUCAUGAAAGUUAUCUGUGAAUUAUUAUUUAUAUUUAAGUUAUUUUAGUUUUUUUUUUUGUUUGUUUUUGUUUAGUGUUUUUUUUUUUAAUUUUAUUUUGCUAUUUUUUUUUGUUUUUGUGCGCUUUGAAACGGGUUAAGGUUGUACCAAAAAAAAAUUGAGUGAAACGUAUUAGGCGAUUUUGCAAAUGUGUAUAAUGUAGGGCAACAUUGAAAUUUUAGAAAAUUUUAAAGAUAUCAGUUUCAUACUAUUUAGAAGGAAGGUAUAAACGAGAAUUCAGUUCUUCUUUUAUAGUGUUUUUAUAAAAAUGUUUUUGUUCAGUUCUAGUUCAGUUCUAGUUCAAUUCUAGUUCAGUUCUAGUUCAGUUCUAGUUCAGUUCUAGUUCAGUUCUAGUUCAGUUCUAGUUCAGUUCUAGUUCAGUUCUAG